UGGCGUUGGUGAGCGAGGCGUGGCGUGGCCGUGUCAGUGAUCGUCAACGUUUCCGCAGCGCAGAGGCGAGUCAUUCCCGCAACGUUGAACACAAUAUGGACGUUCGUCGGUGACAGGACAGCCAGUGUGCUUUGUGGGGUCAGUGGUCGCGGUCAGUGGCCAGUGAGGGCGGUGCACGGUGCACGAGCCGGGCCGCCCCUUGAGACAUGUUGGGCCGCCUCGCCGUGCCUUGACGAUGGUGUGGGAUUGCCUUCCUAACGACUCACAACACUUGAGGCUGGGUGACUGUGUUCCUGGUGCCGCCGCGAGCAGUGUGGGCCGCGGUGCCCCACGGGCUUGACCUUGGCUUGUGAGGGCCGGCAAGGCCCGGGCGUGAGGCGCGAUGGCCCACUCCCCUGAGGACAUCCGGAACAACAAUGUGCUGGUGGAGCAGGAGCAGCGGGUCUCUGCGGGCGUGGCCGUCCCCGGCAUUGCCGAGGCCACGGUCACGCAGGGGACGCCCGUGGGUAGCCUGACGGGCGCCUCGGUGCUGGCCCAGCUGAUGGCCCGAACGCUGGACAACCAGGCCGAGGACGCGGGGCCGCCCAGCCUGGGCAGCAUCACCCUGCACGACGAGUACCUGGAGGACCCGCUGCCGGACCUGACGCUGGAGAACCUGCGGCUGCCUGACGAGUACGGCGACCCGUCCCUCGGCUACGAGUUUGUGCACAACCAGGCUUUGGACGGCCCCGGCCUGGACAACGCCCAGGCGCUGCUGUACCAGCUGCAGGGCCUGGGUGUGCGCGUCAACGAGGACUACCUCACCCUCGACCUGGACCUGUCGGCCUCCCGCAGCGCCAGCCUAACCAGCGUGUCCGACGAAGGCAGCGUCGCCGACGAGCACGAGCUACACGGCGCUUGGCUCUCUACGGCGCUGAGCCGCGCCAGGAAGGCUCCGCUGGCUAUGGCCCCGAAGGACGCUACCGCCGCCCUGUUCCCGCGGGUGUCGGGUACGCAGGAGGACGACGUAUUCCUGGACUGCCACGAGCACGAGGUGGCGGAGGCGGAAAUCCUGCCGUCGGGCGGCGUCAAGGUCACUUACGAGAAUUACAGGAAGGAGUACCGCCCGAAGAUCAGCCCGCACCACAACUACGUCAGGUUCCUGGAGACGGUGCCGAGCGGCGCCGCGUCGGAGGAGCCGCUGAGCCUGGGCCAGGAGGCCGCAGGGGCUGCCGCUCCGCCAGCACCACAUCUCACCCUGGAGGACCGCUACCGCCGCGUGCUGCAGGCCCUCCAGCGCGGCGCGCGGCUCUCCGACGAGAAGAUGCGGAGCCUGUCCGCCAAGUACGCCAGGAAGCUGCGGCGGCUGCUAGCCGAGGAGGUGACCUACGAUGCCGUGACUCCCGACAGUGGGGUGCACGAGAGCUUCAACGCACUCUCACCCGAGGAGCAGGAGAAGCUACGCGAGGAAUGGAAGGCGGAGCUCGCCAAGACGGAGGAGGAGAUCCAGACCCUCCGACAGGUGCUGGGGGCUAAAGUUAAGACCGCCCAGGACCUGAAGCGCCGCCUGGGUAUCACCGUCUGGCGCGAGUUCACCGAGGACUUCAACAACUCCAUGAAGACCGUCCGCGAGUCCCAGCCCUCACAAUAUGUACAAAAUUUACCAGUGGUGCAGAAGGCCAAUGAGGUCAUCACAGAGAUUCAGGAAGCUGUCUCCAGUGCACCCCUAUAUAGGAGGUUGUCGGGGACUUUCUCGGACCUUGGGGAGGCCAUAACCCAGCAGCCCGUGUACCAGAAGACCGCCGGGGCCAUGAGUGCCGUCGGCGAAAAGACGUCCUCGCUGUUCGGGGGCAUCGGCGCUAAGUUCGGCCAGCUCAAGGAGACGCCGACCUUCAAGUCCUUCGAGGAGCGCGUCGGCGGCGUCUACUCGGCCGCCAGGACUCGCAUGGGCGGCUCCGGCUCCAACUCCACCCAAGACUUUGAGGAGGCCCUCAAGGAGGCUGAGGGGGAGAAGGCAGCCCUGGAGGCGGCCAACGGGGGCGCCCUGCAGACCUCCACCACCCCCGGCACUGACGUCACUCAGCCGGCCGCAUCCUAAGCCCCCACCGCUGCCUCCACCACCACCUGCACUCUUCCACCCACUGCACCCCAUCACCACAGUUACUAGAGUUGAUAUUUUUAGCGAAAGUGGCUCCCUAGUCCAUUCGUAGCUUUCAUCAUUAUUUGAUAAGGAUUAAUUUUCUAGACCAGCUGUAGCGACUUAAGGUGUGAGGGUCAUGUGGGUCCGUCAGAUAUUUUGACUAGUAAUGACUGUGAUUGAUUUUGGGUGUCCACUUGGUCCAUCUGUAGCCGUUGGCCCAGCCGGCUCUGCCUUCCUGGCCGGCUGGCCGACACAGUUCUCCUGAGGUUAGGGUCAUCUUCAUUUUUCGGGAAAAUUCCUCAAAUUUAUCCUUACGGCUGUUGAACCCAUAGUGACCUUACAUUGGCGGCUUCGUCUUCCCUUCGCCGGGGAAGGCGUCAACAGAAUAAUCAAGAGAACGCACUAACCUCCUGCUGUUUUGUGGAAUCUACAACUCGUAAGUUUUUGAUCGGGUCCUCUCGGACUUCUUCCUCUGUGUCUGUGUGAACCAAGUGAAGAGAUUGUCCUGUACAUGUUCUUGUAGAACACUCGACAGGUUCAUGAAAAAUGACAAUAUGCAAAGGAUGAAAAUCUCAUAUACACUUUUAAGUAGUUUGUUUCAUUCAGUCAUUGUUUUGAGGCGCCACGCCCCGGGGCAGGCGAGGCCCCUGCCCCCCCUGGCCCGGGGUGGGGCCAGCUCCUGUACCGUCAGCAGUCUGUGAAAGUUGUCUGUGUUUUGGUGCAUUAUAUGAGUGACUCCAGGUGUAGGUGGCUUAGAUAGCAAUUAUUCCUAGGCUGCCUUCAAAUAUUAUAUCAUAGUGUGAAAUUGUUGAAUACAGUGAGUGAUGUUUUAUUUGAAAUAAUGGUAUAUAAAUAUAUAUAAUUUGACUAAAUGAGUUGGCAUUAGAAAUGUUGUGUGUUGUUACUCAUAUCAUAGAAGUAUUGAUGCAACUCUAAAUGUUAACAGAUGCGAGGAUUGUGGGUAAGCCCCUGUAAUCUCCAGAAGGUUUUGGUGGUGUCGGUAUAACAUAGCGAACAUGUCACUAGCUGUUACAUCCAUAACAUUAGCGAACAAACUCAAUUUAAUGACUUACAGUUUGGUAAAUUAUUUAAUCCUUCAACCUUCUUUCAGUUCAUGUUGGGUACUGUCAGUUUUCAGUUUUCUUGUUGGUGAUUGGAGGACCGUCUUUGUGUAUAGUUAAGAAGCAACAGCAGUACAUACCAGAGCUUGGCGAGGCUGCAGCCAGGCCCCCUGAGCAUCCCCUGCCCCUGGGCCCCAGGCCAGGCAGGCAACACACACACACAGGUCAACCUGCAUUUGGGGUUCACAGGUGCCUGAGGAACCCUGGAAGAGCUGUGUGUGUGUGUGUGUGUGAGUGUGUGUGUGUGCUGGGGUGCGUGUAGCCUGGGGCGCCAGGCCCGCCGCUGGGGCCCAGGGCUGGGGCCACCUGGGGGGCCUCACAAGACCAUGUGGAAGGUUCUGGUGGGAAGCCUCCCAGCCCUGAUUGACAUUCCUUUGUUAGUCUAGAGAAGAGUUCAGGGCUGAUGAAUAAUAAUUACCGUGUUUGCCUUCAUUUUUAGUAUUAUGCAGAAAACAUGUCCAGUGUCCCUUCCCUGUCUGACAUGGAGCAGUAUGAUGGGUUUAUCAAAAGCACAGUAUAUAUAUAUAUAUAUAUUUCUAGGACCUUCUUUUUUAAAUGCUUUAACAAACUUAACCCGCAGAGGUUGAAGGUGUUAACCCUUUUAGGUAAGCAGCAAGCCCUUAUCACACAUGCUUUUGCUACGAGAGUUUGGCAUCAGGCGAGAAAACCGGCCUGCACUCCUGGGGCCCCACCGGCCCGCCUGGCCCGCCUGGCCCGCCUGGCCUGCUCCGGCAUGGGGCUGGGCCGCCGAGCCUGUGCCCAGUACUGCUUGUGGAGUUGGGGGACUGGAGAGGGUUGUUGUUUUUGUCGUUGUAUUCCCAGUUAUAUGAAACGUAGUUAAAACAA